GGGUCACUGACAAAAUCUUGUAGACCCACACGAUGUAGCCAUGACUACAGGCUAGCGCAGGCAGACUAACCUAGUUUAACCCCCAAGAGCAGCUUGUUUCAUCGCACGAAAGAUAUUACAUCUUGAUAUUAUGCGCGGCGCCGUAGUUCCAAUACCGCAACCUGCAGCCAUGAUCAGACGCCUUCCUGCCAUGACCACAGAGAUAAGAGCACGCUCGGCCGUUGCUACCAGUCUCUAGGUUCCCAGCCCCUCUCUAAUAGACAGCUCACAGCUUCUUCGGCUCGAGAUCGCCACCAUGUUCGUUUCCGCCCUCUUCGUCCAAGCUGUCCUCGUUGCGACCGCCUUUGCGCUACCUUCUUCCAAUGAGCGCCGUGGUUCUCGCCUUGCCCGCCGCGCCAGUGGCCUGCGGUUGUCGCACCCCAAGAUCACCAACAAUACCUAUAUCGAAUACAGCUCGAACUGGGCCGGCGCCGGCACAUACCAGAGCGUCACCGCAACUUUCACUGUCCCGACUCCACAGGAGUCCUCAGGGUCUUCUGACACAGAGUCUGCGGGUGCUUGGGUUGGCAUCGACGGCGACACCUGCGGUAGCGCUAUCCUGCAGACUGGCGUCGAUUUCACCGUCUCUGGCUCCUCGGUAUCAUACUACGGCUGGUACGAGUGGUAUCCCGACUCCGCGAGCGACUUCUCUGGGAUCAGCUUCAGCUCCGGCGACACCGUCACUCUCACUGUAACCGCGACAAGCACGACAUCGGGCACGGCUGUCAUUACCAACAACAGCAAUGGUCAGACGGUCUCAACGGAUAUUACGUCGGCCAGCGCGCUUUGCGAGCAGGACGCGGAAUGGAUUGUCGAGGACCCCGGGCAGGGGUCGGACGGCUCGCUUGCCCCGUUCCCCAACUUCGGCACGGUCACCUUUACCGGUGCCUCCGCCGGAACCAGCACCGGCAGCGUCGAUGCCUCGGGCGCGAUAACGUUUGACAUUGAGCAGAAUGGCGAGGUGCUGACUUCUACCUCAAUUUCGGGCUCGAGCAUCACCAUCACCUACGUGUAGAAUGGUGGCCUAUGCGAAAUAGAUGUCGUAAAAUUAUUGCAUUUUCUCUAGGAAAUUAUAGUGGUAACUGAUUGUUAGCCUGUAUAUGGAAAUUGUCACGCAUGAUCUCCGUCAGCGGAACCGCAUAUUAUCAGAUAUUGGCCGUUUCAGUUCCCCGAGCCUUAUCGAGAAUCGUCCGUCAUGAGACCACUGAUAGCGGAGCGGUGGUUUACUCCUCUCAAGAUUCAGGAGGUCUGUGCACGAGAUUACCAAUGGCUUAUGAAAGCACAGGUCGUCUGCAUUGCAUAAACAUGCACGCGGGCAGCUUGCAGGUAGGGUUAAGGUUUACGUGCCGUCUUUAGGCGCGAACUUCGUGGCGCUUGCAGACCGCUCCUUUCGCGACCUUCACGCGCUGCCGGGAAAAGAACCAAGAAUGCCACAUGUGCGUCAACGAACAUGACGAUUGGGAGAGCCUGGAAAGC